CUCCUCCGUUGUUCUCCUCACCACUCACUCCUCCCUCUCCCUGCGACCUCCUCGCCGUUCUCGCCGUCGACUCCUUUGUGCGCUCAGACUCGACGCAGCUAGCACAGUGAUCACGACCACCAACAUCACCACCACCUCUUCCUUGCUCCUUCCCAACCCUCCCACACCCUUCCGCACUCCUCGACCUCGCACGUCAUGGGUUGCGGCCCCUCAAAGGAAGACCGCGAGCUUGCGGCCCGCAACGAGGAGAUCGAAGCGCAGCUCAAGAAGGAUCGAAUUGCAGCACGCAAUGAGAUCAAGAUGCUCCUCCUCGGUGCUGGAGAGUCAGGCAAGUCUACGAUCCUCAAGCAGCUUAAGCUCAUCAACCACGGAGCCUACUCCGUCGAGGAGCGCCUCAGCUACAAGGAGAUCAUCUACUCCAAUACACUCCAAUCCAUGCGUGUCGUCUUGGACGCAAUGGAGAACUUGGACAUCCCCCUCGCAGACGGCAACAAUGCUCCGCGAGCAGAGAUUAUCCUGGGCCUGCCCAGCCAGGUAGAGACGGACCGCCUGCCGAGGGAGGUAGCCGACGCCAUCUACGGACUAUGGAUGGACAGGGGGGUUCAGGCUUGUGUAGAGCGCAGCAGAGAGUACCAGCUCAACGACAGUGCGAGAUAUUACUUUGACUCUAUUGAGAGGAUGGCCGCGCCCGAUUACGUGCCCAAUGAUCAGGAUGUGCUGCGAUCGCGAGUAAAGACGACGGGCAUCACCGAGACGCAUUUCCAGAUUGGCGACUUGAACUACAAGGUCUUCGACGUCGGAGGACAACGCUCAGAGCGAAAGAAGUGGAUCCACUGCUUCGAGAACGUGACAGCCAUCAUUUUCCUCGUCGCCAUCUCAGAGUACGACCAGCUGCUCUACGAAGAUCAAAACGUGAAUCGCAUGCAGGAGGCUCUCACGCUCUUUGACUCCAUCUGCAACUCGCGAUGGUUCGUCAGGACAAGUAUCAUCUUGUUCCUCAACAAGAUCGACCUGUUCCGCUCUAAGCUCCUCACCUCCCCUCUCUCCGACUACUUUUCCGACUUCCAGCUUCCCCCCUCUGCACACAACAAUCCGGACGAGGUUUACAAUGCCGCCUCGGAGUACAUUGUCCAGCGCUUCGUCUCCCUGAAUCAGGCGCCGACAAAGACGAUCUAUACCCAUUUCACGUGCGCGACCGACACGCAACAGAUCAAGUUCGUGCUGUCGGCCGUCAACGAUAUUAUCAUUACAUUGAACCUGAGGAGUUGUGGGUUGUUGUAGGCGGGCGGCCUCGCCACAGGAAAAAGGCCUGUUCGGUUGGGCAAGAAAGGGAGGGAGAGGGAGGAGUUGAAGGAAGAGACAGGAAGGCAGGGGCGAGGGAGCGAAACAGAAAGCAAGGCAGCGGCGAGUGGUCACGCCACACGAGAUGGCAGGCGCGACCUCGACUCCAGUCACAGCAUCAACACUAUCUAGCCCAACCGAAGCGGCUUCGGACCCCAGACCACCUCGUCCUUCCCUGCCGCAAGCAGGGCACUCUCCACGAUCACCACGCGACCAAUCCGCCACAUACCCAAACGCACCGCCUCCGACGUGUGUCUCCUCAGCUGAGCCAAGUCAAGAAGCGCAUC